AUGGCUGGAAAAACGUACGAAGUGUGCCGGUUGUGCCUCAGCGGAUCGUCCUUGUUGGACGUAUUUUGUACUGCGGAUUUAUGCGGCUUGAUAGCAACCCUCCUUUCAAUCACGCAUCUCUUCAACAAUCUGUCCGAAGAUGCGGUAGGGGAUUCUUGGACAGAGGAAUCAGCUAAUCUCCAGGACAAACAACAACAACAGAACAAUGAUAUAGAAGACUGUUCGGUCGACAUAACGGCAGCAGAAGCCGCGAACCCCAUUCCAAUAGGCUCUGCUAAAAGAUUUCAAGCCAUUGUAACAUCCUCCAGCGGUAAAAAGCGCUACAUUUACGACUGCAAACAAACGUACCGGAAGCAGCUGGUCCAGUGUGAUAUUUGUCACAAAAGCUUGCCCAGAACGCGGCUGGAAGGACACCGAAACGUUCACCUCGGUCUGCGGCCCUUGGUAUGUGAGCGUGGCUGUGACCAGAGUUUUCACUGCAAACAGUUGCUGUUGCAUCACUACCGGAACGUCCAUAGCGGCGAGUCGCACUGUUGCGAUGUUUGUGGGAAGGUAUUACGCUCGAAGCGCAGCCUCGGAUACCACAAGAAGGAUACGCAUGGAGAGAAAAAAUAUCCUUGCACUUUUUGCGAUCAGUUGUUUGUUUCCAAGUACGUUAGAAUAGCCAUUGCUUAUUGCUUGUGUAACGUAUAGGAUUAUUUCCAUUUCCAGUGCACGUCUGA